CUCUUCCUGCUCAGUCUGACAGGCUACUUCACGAAGUAUGACUGCUCCAGUGCUGACAUCAACCCCAUAGGAGGCAUCAGCAAGACGGACCUGAAGAGCUUCCUGCUGUUCUGUGUAGAGCACUUCCAUCUCCCCGCCCUCAGAGGCAUCCUGGCUGCUCCGCCCACCGCCGAGCUGGAGCCUCUGACAGACGGCCAGGUGUCGCAGACAGAUGAGGCAGACAUGGGGAUGACCUACUCAGAGUUGUCUGUGAUUGGACGGCUGAGGAAGAUCUCUAAGUGUGGCCCCUUCAGUAUGUUCUGCAAACUCAUACACACGUGGAAGGACGUGCUCUCACCCACAGAGGUGGCCCAGAAGGUGAAGCAAUUCUUCCGGAUGUACUCGAUGAACCGCCACAAGAUGACCACAGUGACGCCGUCCUACCAUGCAGAGAGCUACAGCCCCGACGACAACCGCUUUGACCUCCGACCUUUCCUCUACAACACACGCUGGACCUGGCAGUUCAGGUGCAUCGACAAACAGGUAUAAAUAAGUGUCUGUCUCCACAAA